GUCAUGCUCGAUGAAGCCAUCGACGAGGCCGAGAACGACAUCAUCAGCCUCGCCAGUUCUUUCCUGACGGUGCAAGUCCUGCGAUUCUCAUUGUCAGGCAAGCUCCCGGAUAUGGCCGGGAGGAUCAGCCCAUACGACCCCUCCGGCAUGUUCACGAUCGGAAUGCUUCUCCUAUGCGGGUUGGUUGCGCUGGCCAUCUCCCUCGCGUUGACGUUCAUCCCGUGUGAGAAUCGACUGCUUCUUUGGCUGACUGAGAAGUUCCAGAGCAUCCUUGGGAUGAUCUUCGCUUGGUCCACCUUGUGGGGUGUGCACAUGUUCGUCCGGGAGACGGACUUCUUUCACGAGACCCUAGGCACAACGCUCUAUCCCAACGAGCGUCACCUGAUUGCGGCUCUCUUCCUUUCAAUGUGCGCACUCGCGGCGAUCCGCGUCCUUGAUAUCAUCCAAGACAUGGGCGCCUCGUUCCCGCGCCUCCUGCAGAACAUGAUCAACGUCUUCUCCGUCUUGAUCGGACUCUCAUGGGAGAUGUGCUUCGAGCACAGUCUUGAAGAACUCUCCGAGGAAACGAUCCACCCAGAGGCCAUGAAGUUGAUCUUCACCGUUU